CUGUUAAAGCGGAAGUGUGUGUUAUCUGGAGCUCCCAGUGUUGUGACAGCGCUGUGUGUGUUCCGUCAUUUCACUGGACCCGGACCUGGACCUGGACCCGGACCUGGACCUGAUGUGUGGUUUCAUCUGAAGUUAAAGCUGUGUGUUACUUCAUGUUGUAUUUCCGCUAUGGCGGCGGAGUUUAUAGUGAAACUGUAUGAAUAUUCUCCACUUUUUUACAUCAGUGUGAUAGCGGUGUGUUUCAUCCUGACUGUGGCAGCAGUGCUGGGCUGGUUUGGCUUCGAUGUUCCAGUGAUGGUGAGAAGUUCAGAUGAAACUGAUCCUCUUCCUCCUGCUCCAGAGAAGAAGAUGGUUCAGGUUCUCAAUCCGUUCUCUCUGGAGAUCGACACAAACACCAUGCCGGGAUCAGUGACGGAUGGUGUGUGUCUGCGGUCAUGUUGUUUAGAGGAGUGUGUGUUGAGUUGUUAUUGGGGCUGCAGUGUUCAGGCUCUGCAGUUUGCUCUGCAGGAACACCGCUACACACGAAGACUGAACACAGCGCGUUUAUUCCAACAGGCUUUACAGGGGCAGUACCUGCACUGCCACACCUUCACCAUGGCUAAAGGUCAGAGGUCAGACUCUGUCACUCAGAUGCCCCCUGAUCUCGGAGUGACGGAUUUUGGAUUCCUGCCAAGAGAUCGCUAUCCGCUAGUCUCUGUGCUCACCUUAGCUAACGCUGAGGACAGAGAUGCUUACAACAUUGUGGUGAGUGUUACGGUUCUUCAUGUUCCUGAUGAUAAGUACCGUCUCUCUGCGAGGAUCCUGUUCCACGUCCUGCUCACUGCUGAUGGAAACAUGUUUGAUCUGAAGCCACUCUUCAUGUCCUCUGACGGCACAAGCCCCGCCCCUACAGAGGAAGAGGAAAAGCCACAUGAAAAAGAACCGAAGGAUGAAGAGUUGGACGAAGAGGGGGUGUGGCCAGACGCUGUAGGGCGGGACUGCGUGGUGUGUCAGAAUGCGGCGGUGAACCGCGUGUUGUUGCCGUGUCGCCAUGCGUGUGUGUGUGACGAGUGUGUGUGGAGGUUUCAGCACUGCCCCAUGUGUCGAGCCUUCGUCUGCGAGUCCUUUACCCUGUCUCCGCCCACAAACACUCCCCUCUCUCCCCAGGGGCGGGGUUUAUAAACCAAACAUACACAGAGCACUGCUUUUUAAUGAUAUUUUAGUAAUUUUAUUCACUUUCUAUAAUAAUCUCUGGAGGAACUUUCUUCCACUGUGUAUAAACUCUUAAACCUAGUGCACUAUGUAGUGAACAUGAUGUUUAGGACGAAUGCUGUAAUAUCGUGUAUAUAAACGCCGUAUUUUAUCUAUUUAUUGGUCUGAUUACUGAGUCUAAAGUUUACUCUGAAGGUCAGAAACAUUUCAAAGCCAUCAGUGUUAAAGUGUGUAAAUCCGACGAGUGUUCCUUUUUAAAUCAAAGAAAUAAAAAUGAAAUGCCCUGCAAUAAGUGUUGAUAUUUAGUUAUUUUAGAAUUAUAAAUUUAAUAAAACCAUCAGAGAAGACUUCUCUCUGUUUAGUGUUCUUAUAAUAAAGUCCCAAAAUACGGCCUCUUUUAAAUUUCAAUAAUUAAGACUUGAAAAAAUAAAUACUGUACAUUAACUCUGGGUCGUUGACCGGAAGAUCAAGGGUUCAAGCCCCAGCACCACCAAGUUGCCACUGUUGGGCCCUUGAGCAAGGCCCUUAACCCUCUCUGCUCCAGGGGCGCUGUAUCAUGGCUGACCCUGUGCUCUGACCCCAACCUCCAAGGAUGGGAUAUGUGAAGAAAGAAUUUCACUGUGCUGUAAUGUAUAUGUGACAAAUAAAGGCAACUUAAUUUAAACACAGGAAAGAAAAACAUUCAGUAUGAAACUUUAAUGAGGUGAUAAUGUCUGAUUAUUUAUUUCAGAUUAAACACAAGGUCAGCGCUGAUGUCACAAUAGUGUGUUAAGAGACACUGCUGCAACCUAAUAAAACACAAAACUAGGGACCCAAAGAAGACACACACUCUGUAGCAUUCAGAAGGGUAGAGUGAUGGUUUUACACACACACACACACACACACACACACACACGAUACAAAUGUGUGUUUAAAUCUGAA